AUGACCGAUCCCAUCCUAACCCAGAACCCACCGCCACCGCCGCCGCGACAGAAUCCGAAUCCUUCGACGGAGGAUAUGGGGGAGGAAUUCAAUUCCCAACUCCCAAUUCCAUCUCUCGAUCCUCUCUUUUUCAAUCAAAAUUCUGAUCAAAACCACAACUUUGACGUCCCAGAUCUGUCCACUAAUUUCGACGAUAUUUCCGAUUUUGACAUCACCUUUGAUGAUCUAAGUGACCUCUACUUCCCACCAGAGACCGAACAGUUCCUUAUCCCCGACAACAACACAAUCAAUCCGGAUCCGGGUCAACCCGAUAACCCGGAUGUUCAACCUACUCCUUCCGAAGACUGUUUCGGGGAUUUUGCUUCCAAUCCGGUCAAUUUGGAGUCGCCGGAGUCAGGUGGAUCCGGAGUUUGUGGUGAUCAUGGCGGUUUGGAGGUUGAUGAGUAUCUCAAUCAUUCGCCGUCGGAGGCUGGGAGUUGUGAUUCGGAUGGUUCUGAUAAUCGAUGCUCUGAUUUGGGUCCGGUAUCGUCUCAUGGGUCUGGGAAUUCUGGGUCGGGUGUGUUGAAUGCUGGUUCGCCGGAAUCAGGUACGAAUGCUAAUCCAAGUAAUUUUGUUGUUGAACAAAAGCUUGUGAAAGCCGAAACCGAAAGCGCAAAAAACCCUAAAAACGCUAAAACUGCUGUAACGAAGAGGAAAAAAGAAAUUGCUGAUGGAGAAAAUGGAGAGAUUACGCGAAAUUUGAAGUCCCGGAAAGCUGAGAUUGAAUAUGUGAGUGUUAAUGUUAGUGGGAAUGCGUGUUUGAGUGAAGAAGAUGAGAGGAGGAAGGCGAGGUUGAUGAGGAAUCGCGAAAGUGCACAGUUGUCUAGGCAAAGAAAGAAGCAUUAUGUUGAGGAAUUAGAAGAUAAGGUGAGAGCGAUGCAUUCUACGAUAGCUGAAUUGAAUAGUAAAGUUUCGUAUUUUAUGGCUGAAAAUGCUACUUUACGACAACAAAUGAGUGGAAAUGGUGUGUGUCCGCCACCAAUGUAUGCGCCAAUGGCCCCUUAUCCAUGGGUGCCGUGCUCUCCUUAUGUUGUUAAGCCACAAGGGUCUCAAGUGCCACUGGUUCCAAUUCCUAGGUUGAAACCACAACAGGCUGCACCAGCGGUGAAGGCUAGGAAAGGGGAGGGGAAAACUAAGAAGGUUGCUAGUGUUAGUUUGUUUGGUUUGGUGUUUUUUAUUGUGUUGUUUCGCUGGCUGGUUCCAAUGGUGGAUGUUAAGUUUGGAGGAGUCGGAGAGGGUGGGAUUAGUGGGUUUGGUUCUGUUAGUGAGAGGUUUUAUGAUCAGCAUAAAGGAAGGGUUUUGAUUGUUGAUGGGUACACAAAUAGGUCGCAUGAGAAGGUUGGUGUUGGUUAUUCUAAUAAUAGAAUACAUUAUGAGAGAGGUCGUAAUGGCUGUCUGGAGCAUGAUUCUGCGAAUAAAGGAGCUUCCGAGCAUUUACCUGGAUCAGAUGAAUUUGGUAAGUUUGGUAAUGCUAGUGAACAUCUUGUUGCGUCCUUGUAUGUACCCAGAAAUGAUAAGCUUGUGAAGAUAGAUGGAAACUUGAUAAUUCAUUCUGUUCUGGCAAGUGAGAGAGCUAUGGCCUCUCAUGAGAGUCCAGAAGUGAAUAUCACUAAGGAGACGGCACUGGCUAUUCCUGGUGUUGGUAUUAAUAGAGGGAGACAUUCUCAUGUGUAUCGAACUCAUACUGAGCGACAGAAGGCCAUUGCUUCUGGAUCUGCUGACACUUCGAAGGACAAUUUGAAGUCAUCUGCAGCCAAAGGUAAACUGCAGCAAUGGUUCCGUGAAGGCCUUGCAGGACCAUUGUUGAGUUCUGGUAUGUGCACUGAAGUUUUCCAGUUUGAUACCUCACCUGCACCAGGAGCCAUAGUUCCUGCUUCCUCAGUUGCCAAUAUGACAGCAGAGCGCCAACAGAAUAACUCUAGUCGCCUGAAGAAGAGAAAGAAUAGAAGGAUCCUCCACGGCCUCCCAAUUCCUCUUCCGGGGUCUGAUCUCAAUAUUACUGGAGAACAUGUUGGAAGGAACACUAAGAAAGAGAACUUUCAUGGUAAUAAAUCGGUUUCUCCGAUGGUUGUCUCUGUCCUUGUUGAUCCUAGAGAGGCUGGCGACAUUGAUGUUGAUGGCGUGAUCACCCCGAAGUCACUUUCUCGGAUUUUUGUCGUGGUGCUCGUAGACAGCAUAAAGUAUGUAACUUAUUCAUGCGCGCUUCCGAGCACUGGUCCUCACCUGGUGACAACUUGA